UGGAACGACACGGGCUGAGCAGACAUGGAGGCCCGAGCAACGACAGAGGCCCGUGCUGACACAUUCAGACCCAGCUAACAGAGCGUUGGUGUGGAUUUUUGGAACCUCUGGGACAAAACACAGCCUAUCACUCGCCCACUUUGAGUGAUGUGUGGCCACCACGUUCUAGGAAGGACACGGAGCCAAAUAAUGUGAACACCAUUGCUGGACAACUAGAAGAGUUGAAGGACGGAGUACAAGGGCCGGACUGACGAGGAAGGAUAGAAAGCCUCUAAAAAAGGAGAGCUUCUACCUCAUUGGUGUCCCCCCCCCCCCAUCCCACUCCCUUUCCUAUAUUCCUUUCAGGAUAUACAUUUCUUGCCUUGUGAACUUCCACUGCCCUUAAGUUAAGAUGGAUCAGAAGAUUCACGGGAGAACUGCAACACCACCGCCUCUUCUCUCAGGUGUUCCUUCCGGGGAACGAGAGAAAGAGGGAGGUGCUGGAAAGAAAGAAGAUGAGGAGGAGAAGAAAAGGGACAAGGAAAAAGAGGCUUCCAUUAAACCUGAUGGCACAGGGGCAGAUGGACCUGGAGGUGGUGAUGACCAGUCACAGUUUUCCAUCAAAGAGAGCAGCCUAUCCGAGGGCAAUGUCAAACUGAAGAUUGGUCUUCAAGCAAAACGCAUGAAGAAACCUCCCAAGAUCUUGGAGAAUUAUGUAUGCAGACCAGCCUUUCGUGCUACAAUGAGGAAUACAGGACGGGGAGGUGGUGGUGCUCGAGGGAAUCGGGCAGGGAAUACAAAUGAUGGCCCUGGUAGUCAGACCCAGAAUCCAACUCAUGUCAGAGAAAAAGAGAGUGAGAAGAGUCCAAGUGUCGGCAGACCAGUCCCAUCAUCCUCCUCAAACCCAUCUUCUAAAGUCCCAACACCACCUCCUCCUGGACCAACACCUACCAGCACAGCUGCCAUGGCACCUUCUCAAGUGAAUGGGAAUGCACCAGGAAAACGAGGUCCGCCAAAGAUGGAUUGCCUGUCUGACACAAAGUCAGACACUAGAGCAGCGACCACUACUUCUGAACGGCCGCUGAAUCUUCAUCGUCCUCUUUCAGACAGCAAACUUCAUCCUUCUGGGAAGAAAACACCAACUCUUCAACACAACCCUCGGUUAUCUGCUUCCACUUCAUCAAUACCUGCAUCUAAAGAACCUAGCUGUGAAGGUGUUAAACCACCACAAUACAGUUACAGCAAUGAAAGUCAAAGAGAUAAAGACAAGGGAAUUCAAAGCUGGGGAUCACCUACUGUCACUGAAAAAUUAGCUCAACUCAUAGCCACUUGUCCGCCGUCAAAGACACCAAAGCUUGUCAAACCUGCUAAAACUGACCCUGCUACUUCCCAUUUAAGCUCAGGUUUUAUGACCCCCACAGCAAAGCAACGAGACAGGGCUAUGGCCAAUAGAAACACCUAUUCAAGAAUGAUUCACCUCUCUCCCCCUCUACCAGUGUCACGGCCACCUGGUCGGCCCUAUGGUUCCAGAAACAAAGAUAUUGCUAUGGAAAACUCACCCACCCUUACAGCAACAAGGAAGGAGGAUACAGAUGGAACUGGGAAACCUAGUAGCAGCAGUAUUAAUAUGAGCAGUGGUAACAGCAGUAGUCACAGCAGCAGUCCAGCACUCAUAUAUGGCAAUAACAGACUUCCUUCCUUGUCAAAGGACACUAACAAUGACAUUAAUUGUAGCAUUCCCAAAGUACAAUCUCGUCCUAUUCACUUCUCCCCCCACACCAUAGGUUUGUCCUCCUGUCCUGUAUCAUCCUCCCCAAUCAUCACAGCUGACCAAAAGACUAUGAGUCACAUAAGCUCCCCUGCUGACUCACACACAGACCACGCACGAGAGACAUCUGUUUCUGCAGAGGAAGGCAUUUCAAGUCUGAGAGAACAGGACAGCCCCAGAGAUAUGAACAAUUGCUGUCCUUCAUCAGGAACAGCAAAGCCAGAAGGGAAAGACAGAGGUCAGUCAUUGCGAGUUGAGAAUGACAAGAGCUCAAGUCCAUGCAACCAUAGUCCCAAUCGGGAUAGUAGUCGUGUUGGUCGGCCCAGCAACCCUGCAGAACCUGUAAGGCCUAGAGAAUCUUCUUCGCCAGAGCCAGAAGGUGAAGACAGCCCGCAAACUCCUCUUCGAGAUGAUUCUCCAGAUUCCUCUAUAGAGUCAGCAACAGACCAGGACACUAAACCCCUUAAAAAACGCAGAGGAAGGAAGCCACGCUGGGGCCGUGCUAUGAGCAAGGUACAUAGUCAAAGAGCAGGCCUCGACAGUCCCUUUGACCAGUGCAAAACCACCAUACCUUUAUCUUCAAGCCUGGAAACUUCAACUCCAGUUAAAAGACCUGUGGGGAGACCACCUAACCCAAAUAAAAUGAAACUAAAUACUCUGCAACAAAGUUCAAUGUCACGUCUCUUCAACUCAUCACCCCUUCCCAAAAAAAGGGGAAGGCCAAAGUCAAAGAUGCCAAGGCUUGAUGCCCCAGCCCGUGGGCGCCCCCAUAAUAAAUUGCCCACAUGUAAAGUUUACUCAACUUUUUUGAAAUCCAAAGAAGAGCAAGACCCUCCUGUGCUUCAUCCAGAGGUUGACCUAAGACCCCCUAAACCUAUCCCUCGAAAACGUGGACGUCCAAAGCGCCUCCCACCUACAUUACCUGAAGAGAGUCAGCCGCCCACAUUGGCCCCUGAGGCUGGGGACAUUGGUGACAAACGGUAUCACAGCAAAGGAAAUGGUCAGCUUAUUAUGAAAACAAUCAUAGGCAAGAUUAACAAAAUGAAAAGUGUGAAACGCAAGCGUAUUCUCAGUCAAUUCCUGUUAGGACCAAGAAAGGAAGACCCUCCUAAAGUAUCUCCAUGUGCCGUUGUUGGUUCUGCAUCAGCUGCAACUCAGUCUUUGUCCUCUUUGGCCGCUUCUCUUGGGGGGAAACUUGGACCACAAAUAAAUGUUAGCAAAAAAGGCACAAUAUAUAUGGGUAAGAGGAGAGGGCGUAAACCAAAAACAGUUAGCACCGCAGCUACAGCAACACCACCAGAACCCUUCUUGUCCCCCAACACUACUUCUCUGCAUCACCAUCAAUCUCAGCAACAGCAUCACCUUUCCUCCUCAGACAUAUUUCCUUCACCUUCUCUCUCACAGUCUAGUGGAGGCCAUAGUCCCAUCAGUGAUGCAAGCUUUGUUGAGCCAGGUUCAGUCCACUUUUCUGGUCACUCUCACUAUUCAAACCACAGUCACAACACAUUUGCUUUCCCUCCCCCGACUUUUUCAGCCCCAAAUCUUCGCAGUCCAGUCCUUGGCUCCACUUUAACUAUGGGCACAGCAACCUCUCAAAAAAAAUCCCCUUUCCGUGGAUACCACCAUCACCACUAUCGGCAGCACUACCACUACCGAAAACUUUCCCCUCCUCGGCCACUUCAUCCUACCUCUCCUGCCCCCCUUAGUGAGCUGAAAGAAGCUACUCCAUCCCCAGUAAGUGAGUCUCACAGUGAGGAGACAGUCCCCAGUGACAGUGGUAUAGGAACAGACAACAACAGUACCUCUGAUCGUGGUGAAAAAGCAGGAGCAGGGGCCUUGGGUGGAAUCGGGAUGCCAGCUGCGAUAGGUAGUGGAUUAUUAAUGCCUGGUGUUAUUGGUUCUGCUAUGGCUCCAGGAAUGGCACUUAAUGCUAGGGGCAGGCGGCGUCACUCCACUGUACUGGUGGAACAUCCCUCACCUUCUCCCUCACCACAUUUAGCAAGGUUAUCACCUGAUCCACGUAGACCUCAACCAGCCACUCCUUCUACCUCCAUAAUGGGUCAUAAGGAAAAACACAAACAUAAGUGUAAACGCCGUAGCCAUGGAUGCCCAGGCUAUGAAAAGCUUAAGCGACAGAAAAGAAAACGCAAGAAGAAGUACCUCCAACUCCGCUCUCGGCGGAUCGACCCCAACUUUCUUGCUGAACUGGAUGAAAUUGUCAUAAGGAUGAGUGAAAUUCGCAUAGCACAUCGUGUCACAGGGCAUCGUCUUGGUGGUGGCGUAGGAAUAAUAUCAGGAGCAAAUAGAAUGCCAGGAGUGGGCAACCGUACCAGUGGAAUAGGUGGUACCAGUGGUCCUCCACCUCAUCAUUACAUUCACAGAGAUCUCUUGCCCACAAUCUUCAGGGUUAAUUUUGGCAGCUUCUAUUCCCAUCCUGCAUACUCUUGUGACCCAUUGCACUACGUUCGUAAACCAGACAUGAAAAAGAAAAGGGGGCGGCCUCCGAAACUCAGAGAGUCUAUGUCAGAGGUUCCUUUUGUACCAGGGCUUGCAUUCCCACUGUCCAGUGGGGGCUUCUACCAUCCCUCCUACAGUGUUCCUUAUUCCUCUGGACCCCUCGGUUUGGGCUACUACAGAGGCUAUCCUCCAGCUAGUGCUCUAUAUCCUCACCCACACCACCAGACACCCCACACAGCCUCAUCUCACCACUCUCAUCAUUCAUCAACUUUCCCUCCUCCUCCCCCAACAUCUUACAUGCAUCAUCAUCACCCUUCACAUGUCCUGUUGAACCCUUCCAAAUUCCAUAAAAAAAAACACAAGUUGCUUCGACAGGAUUACCUAGGAGGACGUUCUCCUGUCCUUUACCCACCCAUGUCCUCUGAGCUCUCAUUCAACUGGCACCACAGACACAAACAUAGACACAAACACAGAGAGCGGUGUACUGACGAGGGCAGAGAAGAAGAAGAAGAAACAAUUGGUGCAUCUGUAAAUCGUGGUGGAGCAGGGUUGUCUGAGAGUGGAGCAUCAAAGAAAGGAGAGAGAGUUGGUAGCUUGGGAAUGGCAGAGUCUUUGCAACGAUGUCGCUUUGGACGGAGCACUUCCAGCAACAAUACUAGCAAUCAAGCAGGUGUCACUUUAGCCAAUUCACCUUCUUCUUCAUCGUCGUCUGCAGAUAGGUACAAACGAAAAGAAAACUCAAUAUCCUGUCUAGGACCAUCAAGACUAGCUCUGGGGAGUAGCGCCAAAAGCCAGCACCCAGCAGAGUCCUGGUUCAAAAUGGGCACUUCUGAGACCGACUACUCUAAGCUUUCACGUCGUCAUGUGUUGCCCAGUCAGGGUCCCUUCUCUGAUGGACGGCCGGAAGAAAUACCUGGUUGCUCUGACAGCGAGGAUGAGGAACCUCUCACACCUACAGACGAAGUGGAGCCAAGAGGCCAUGAUUCUCCAAAUCUUACAAAUCUCUUUGCCUCUGCUCUCACUCGCACUAACUUGCGGGGAUGCAGGAACAGAAAGAAUGAAACUGCGCCAGGAAACAUUAGCUUCUCCCGUAUGGACCGAACAUUGAGGAAAGACCGAUCAAUAUCAUCAGAGAGAAGAGAAUUAGGGCCUGCACGUAUCCAGACAAGAGGUGGUGUACUCUCGACCUCUGAAGGGCCUGAGGGAUCCCUGCACCACCGACAACAGCUCCAUCACCAGUCUACAAUGUUUUACUCCCAUGAUUCGGCGUCCUCUUCCCGCCUGUCCCCCUCCCAGGACUGUUGCUUUGAUGUCUCUCUGCCUCAUCAGUCUCACCGGGCGCAGCAAUCCAAGCACAGCCUCCACCACGUCAACAAAAUUCUGCGCGCUAAGAAGCUGCAGAGGCAAGCCCGUACAGGAAACAACAUGGUGAAAAAGAGGGGGCCUGGUCGUCCCAGGAAGCACCCAUUACCUUCACCACCACCUUCUCCAUCUCCUGCUGGUGAAUUCAGCCAAACCCGGCUCAGAGUGGCAGACCGGCCAGCAGGGGGCAGGAUGUGGGAUGCGGAUGCUGUAAAAGAUACCAUUGAGGCAGUUGUCAAAGACCAGCGUAGCAAAGGACAAAAAAGGAAACACUGGGACAGAGAAGAGGGUGAGGAUGAAGAGGAAGAGGACGUACAAGACACUGUGGAGCAAUUGGCAGAUAGAGAAGAGAAUGUGGGGAACCUGGUUUCAAGGUCCAGACCAGGAUCUGGAAGGUGCUGGCUUGCCCAGGAUGAGAAAAGUCACUUUCAGAGCUCACCGCAGAGCAAUCCAGAUGGACACCGUUCCCCACAACCCCUAGACACUGUCUCCAGGGAACAAACAUCAACCAUCCCCUUAACCAGCCAACGGGAAAAGAGACCAGCGAGACCUCCAAAGAAAAAGUUCCAGAAGGCUGGACUUUACUCUGAUGUGUUUAAAACCCAGGAUCCCCGAAGUCAACUUCUCCAGCUAAAGAAAGAAAAACUGGAGUACAUACCUGGGGAACAUGAUUAUGGAUUGUUUCCAGCACCCAUACAUGUUGGGAAGUACCUGAGACAGAAGCGGAUUGAUUUCCAAUUGCCUUAUGAUAUCUUGUGGCUGUGGAAACAUGAUCAGCUAUACAAAAGGCCUGAUGUCCCUCUUUACAAAAAGAUCAGAUCAAAUGUGUAUGUUGAUGUAAAGCCUUUCUCCGGUUAUGAAACAACUACAUGCAACUGUAAAACUCCUGAAAAUCGCUCUGAAAAAGGUUGUCUGGAUGACUGCCUCAACAGGAUGAGCUUUGCUGAGUGUUCUCCAAGCACUUGUCCAUGUCGUGAGCACUGUGACAACCAGCAUAUCCAGAGGCAUGAAUGGGUGCAAUGUCUGGAGAGAUUCCGUGCUGAGGGUAAGGGCUGGGGCAUCCGCACCAAGGAGAGUCUCCGUUCUGGACAGUUCAUUAUUGAGUACCUGGGAGAAGUGGUCAGUGAACAUGAGUUCAGGAGUCGUAUGAUGCAGCAGUACUUUGCUCACAGUGGCCAUUAUUGUCUGAACCUGGAUAGUGGCAUGGUGAUUGACAGCUACAGAAUGGGCAAUGAGGCACGCUUCAUAAACCACAGCUGUGAGCCCAACUGUGAGAUGCAGAAGUGGUCAGUCAAUGGGGUGUACAGAAUUGGUCUCUUUGCGCUCAAGGACAUCAGCAGUGGUACUGAGCUCACCUAUGAUUACAACUUUCAUUCCUUCAACACAGAGGAGCAGCAAGUGUGUAAGUGUGGCUCAGAGAGUUGCCGAGGUAUCAUUGGAGGGAAAAGCCAGCGUGUCAAUGGAUUGCCUGGCAAAACGACUGGUACUCGGCGACUGGGCCGACUCAAGGAGAAACGAAAAUCCAAACACCAACUAAAAAAAAGAGAAGAAGAAUCAAGUGAUAGCAACAAGUUUUACCCUCAUCUUAUGAAACCUAUGUCAAACAGAGAAAGGAACUUUGUUCUCAAGCAUCGAGUAUUCCUUCUCAGAAACUGGGAAAAAAUGAGGGAGAAACAGGAGUUACUGAAGCGAGAGGGUGAAAGAGAAAGAGACUCCAGCAGCCUCUCCAUAUAUACUCGGUGGGGAGGAGUCAUCCGUGAUGAUGGCAACAUAAAAUCAGAUGUUUUCCUCACACAGUUCUCAGCACUCCAAACGUCGCGGUCAGUGCGUACGCGGAGGCUCGCUGCUGCUGAAGAAAACACAGAGGUCACGCGCACUGCUCGCCUUGCACAUAUCUUCAAGGAGAUUUGUGACAUGAUUACCAGCUACAAGGAUUCAACCAGUCAGACCCUUGCUGCCCCGCUAUUGAACCUCCCGUCACGGAAAAGGAACAGCCAUUACUAUGAGAAGGUGUCAGACCCUCUGGAUUUGAGCACCAUUGAGAAACAAAUCCUCACGGGCCAUUACAAGACCGUUGAAGCAUUUGAUACUGAUAUGCUCAAAGUAUUCCGUAAUGCUGAGAAAUAUUAUGGUAGGAAGUCAUCCAUAGGCAGGGAUGUCUGUCGGCUGCGGAAAGCCUACUACAGUGCACGUAAUGAGGCUGCUGUGCAGAUCGAUGAGAUUAUGGGUGAAACUGCCAGUGAGGCUGACAGUUCUGACUCACUUGAGCGUGACCGAGGCCACCACAAUGGAGGGGCCGCAUCCCAUGACAAGGAUGACGACAUUAUCCGUUGCAUCUGUGGGAUGUACAAGGAUGAAGGCUUGAUGAUCCAGUGUGAAAAGUGCAUGGUGUGGCAACACUUUGAUUGCAUGCGGUUGGAGGCAGAAGUUGAGCACUACUUGUGUGAGCAAUGUGAUCCUAGGCCAGUCGACACGGAAGUUCCAAUGAUACCUCAACCCAGCUAUGCCCAGUCUGGCUCUGUCUACUACAUCUGUCUCCUAAGAGAUGAGCUGCUUCUCCACCAAGGGGACUGCGUGUACCUAAUGAGAGACAGCAGACGCACAUCCGAGGGCCAGCCCAUCAGACAGUCUUACCGCCUCCUGUCUCACAUCAACCGAGACAAACUUGAUAUUUUCCGUAUCGAGAAACUCUGGAAGAAUGAAAAGGGUGAGCGGUUUGCUUUUGGCCACCACUACUUCCGUCCUCAUGAGACACACCAUUCGCCAUCACGGCGGUUCUACCAGAACGAGUUAUUUCGCAUGCCACUCUACGAGAUCAUCCCUCUUGAAGCAGUGGUGGCAACUUGCUGCGUUCUCGAUCUCUACACGUACUGCAAAGGCCGACCGAAAGGGGUAAAGGAGCCAGACGUGUACAUCUGUGACUACCGCUUGGAUAAGUCAGCUCACCUUUUCUACAAGAUCCAUCGUAACCGCUACCCAGUGUGUACCAAGCCUUAUGCCUUCAACCAUUUCCCCAAGCGGCUGACACCCAAGAGAGACUUCUUGCCUCACUACGUACCUGACAACUACAAGAGAAAUGGCGGCCGCUCUGCAUGGAAAAGUGAGCGUUCCAAAGGUUCUGAAGGCUGUGAGGAUGACGGCUCUUCGUGCGAGCGGGUUGAUGACUUCCCACCAGAGGCUGAAGACAGGAGAUCUGAGGAAGACAUGGACGUGGGUACGGUUGGCCCUGAACUUUUAUCGGGCAAGACUGGACAAGAAGAAGGAGACAAUGAUGAAGAUGAAGAGGGGGGUGAAGGGGAAACACCUGAGGUUGAGGAGAAAAAGGAGCAGGAGGAAGCUUCCGCUGAGAGGUUAGCGGAGACACUUGAGCAGCCAUCCUCUUCAGCAUGCUCGCCACUCCACCACCCUGCCCUCGGCAGAAGGGAGGCCCAGAGGGAGCGCCUCAACAAGAUUCUCUUGGAUUUGCUACACAGAAACCCCAGCAAGAAUGGAAUCACUGAAGAAGACUUUGCUGACUAAGCAAUACCAGAAUCGGAUUGUGGAGCUAAUUUCCAUGUUAUUACAAGGAAAAAUACAGUAUAACAGGGAGCCCUCAUCUUGCAAAGACCAUCCACCCUGCUCAAAAUGACACCUGAACACUUGAACUUGUUUCUCUCCAAAGUAGUGAUUUCAGAAUAUUUUUGAACAUGUCCUCUUGAAAAACAUGUCAUCAAGCAGUGAGCACUUUGAGGACUAACAAAUCACUUACAGGACAACCCUUUCUAAGGAGAAAAAAACCAAACCUUUCUUUGAUUUUUGACCUCACCUUUCAGCUAUUUCUAUCAAAGUUCCUAAGAGUCCCCUUUUUGUGUUCUUCCAACAGCCGUAGAUGUCUCUUAUCUCCUGGAGGAGGGUGCAGGGCGACGCCUACGGCGACGGACACUUGGAUUUGGUGAUUUUGUUGGCAGAAAAUAACUUUUCAACAUGCCGGGCAGGCCAAAUGCGUUUCACUCUCUAUAGCACGAGAGAUGAUAAGAAAAGAAAUUAGUCUAAUAGCCUGUCAAACCCUUCCAGUCCAUAAGGCAUCUUUUGGACCUUCUAGGUUACCGCUUCCAGGACUUUAACAUCUCAAUAAUGAGAUGGUGGAGAGGGUUUGGAAGCCCCGACUUUAUGUCAAGAUGUUUUCAAGGAGUGUUUUUAAGAUGAACACAGGACAAAAGGCCCACACGUUUACCAAAAUGACACAUGGUACUGAGUAGCACACUGGCUUAAAGAUGGCUAUCGCUGAGUCAGUGCAGAUGAGAAUGCUGGACAAUUGCUCCCCCUUGUGGGAUUAUGCUGCAAUGUCAAUGCAUCAAAUGAGGGAAGAUACAGGUAUGUGCUUGGAACUUUUGGAGUGGAAGUACCAAGUAGUGAUGCAAGAUGCUGCUCAUGAGAAAAAAGGGUGGGUAGACAGCACUUUUGGUACCAUGGAUAUCGUGAAGCUCUGUGUAAUGUAUCUGUAAUGAAAACACUAAAACAGUACUUGAUGCUGUAGUGUGGAAAAACUCAAGUCAAUUAUCUUUCACCCGUUAUACUGGAGUCAGCCUACUCCUGUAGACACAGACUAGGUCUGCUUGUAUUUUAAGGAAGGGGGGGAAGACAGCGUGUGCGCUUUUUGUUAAAGUGUAUUGUUGACGUUUUUGUUUUCCGUUCCCCAUAAACCCCCCGCCCCACAACCCUUGAGACGCUCACCUUUUCAAUUGAUGGAUUCACCAGCUUAACUAAAUCAGGGGGGAGGGACACAGGCAUGAACUGUAACGCCUUACUCAGCUGUGCUCCCCGACUGCCUGGUUUGGAGUGUGUGCUUGCACGCACUUACUAUGUAUCUAUAGUCGACACAAUUUCCUGAAUAUGUCCUGUUUUUAAAGAAAAAAAAUGAGAAAAAAAGGGCUUAAUGGCAAUUAACAGUUUUAAAAAAACUAUGGAAAAAAAAUGCUUAACAUGAAAUGUAUCGUGAUGGUCAUAUUUUCUUAUAUUCUGUGAGACAAGUGUAUACUGUAUAAUGGGAGGGGAUUCAACUUUUGUCUUUUUGUUCCGUGUUGUCAUGGAAAAUGUGUUCAAAGAAUUAGUGAUAUCUGAUGAGAUUUCCCCCAUCAAAUGCUUCUCUGCAUAAAAGGGACAAGCUGCAGUGUCCCGAUAUUGUGAACUGACAAAGAAUCCAUUAGAAUGACACUGAGGAUGGAGAGUGGCAACGGUUUAGCUGUACAGUGCGAAGUUAUGUAUAUAGACGCACGCUUUACAUUGAGGGGUUUCUCCUAAAGCAAUAUCUUGAAAAAUGAUUUUGUUUAUUAUUGUAAUGUACAGGACUCAGCCCCAAGUGUAUUGCAAUUAUUAUUAUAAUGCUAAUAUUUUAAUUGCUUUGUAUUGCUAUCAUGAAGACACUUAAACUUGGAGGGAAAACCCCCCCCUUUUUUUUUUUUUUAAAUCUUUAAUCUCUCACCAUGACUUCCCUGACAACAUAGAAGCCUAAGUUAAGUUUUGUUGCCUAUAAAUGAAAUUCAUGUAAAUGUUGUGCAUGAGCGAGAAGAAUGUCAAAACGAACACAAGAAGGCAUUGGGGCAUGACAGUGACACAGCAACACCCUUGCCACUGAAUAUUGUUAAUAAUAUUGCUUUUAUAAAGGAGUGUACUCCUUGUUUUUUGCUGCAAAGUGUUGAACACUAAAAAAGCUAGCCAACUUAAAAAUGUUAUAAUAUUUUUAAGCAGUGAUAGAAACAAAUACGAACCUGUCAGACCAUUAUCACGUUCCUGUUGUUAUUUUUGUUUACUUUCAAAUAGGAUACGGUUCUGUUUUGUGAUAGCGGUCAUUGUAUGAUGCUUGUACUUGUAUUUGUGUGUUUUCCGUGAUUUCUUUAGUUAUUUUUAGACAAUCACAAAAUAAGAUGCAAGCAUUGUAAAUGGCAGACUGGCUGACAUUUUGUGACGUGUACAGUUUGUCAAAAACCUCUCCCACUCGUUAAAAGUUUGUAAUUAUGAUUCUUAAGUCAUGAAAAUAUGCUGUUGGUUUUUACCUUGUUUUAUAUUUGUUUAUGAUUUGUUUGUUUUUUUAAUAAAAAAGCACUACAUUAUUGUGAGCAUA